AUGCUUAAGCGGUUUCAUAUAACCAUCCAAAAAUUAUCAUCAUCAUCAUCAUCAUCAUCAUCAUCAUCAUCAUCAUCAUCAUCAUCAUCAUCAUCAUCAUCAUCAUCAUCAUCAUCAUCAUCAUCAUCAUCAUCAUCAUCAUCAUCAUCAUCAUCAUCAUCAUCAUCAUCAUCAUCAUCAUCAUCAUCAUCAUCAUCAUCAUCAUCAUCAUCAUCAUCAUCAUCAUCAUCAUCAUCAUCAUCAUCAUCAUCAUCAUCAUCAUCAUCAUCAUCAUCAUCAUCAUCAUCAUCAUCAUCAUCAUCAUCAUCAUCAUCAUCAUCAUCAUCAUCAUCAUCAUCAUCAUCAUCAUCAUCAUCAUCAUCAUCAUCAUCAUCAUCAUCAUCAUCAUCAUCAUCAUCAUCAUCAUCAUCAUCAUCAUCAUCAUCAUCAUCAUCAUCAUCAUCAUCAUCAUCAUCAUCAUCAUCAUCAUCAUCAUCAUCAUCAUCAUCAUCAUCAUCAUCAUCAUCAUCAUCAUCAUCAUCAUCAUCAUCAUCAUCAUCAUCAUCAUCAUCAUCAUCAUCAUCAUCAUCAUCAUCAUCAUCAUCAUCAUCAUCAUCAUCAUCAUCAUCAUCAUCAUCAUCAUCAUCAUCAUCAUCAUCAUCAUCAUCAUCAUCAUCAUCAUCAUCAUCAUCAUCAUCAUCAUCAUCAUCAUCAUCAUCAUCAUCAUCAUCAUCAUCAUCAUCAUCAUCAUCAUCAUCAUCAUCAUCAUCAUCAUCAUCAUCAUCAUCAUCAUCAUCAUCAUCAUCAUCAUCAUCAUCAUCAUCAUCAUCAUCAUCAUCAUCAUCAUCAUCAUCAUCAUCAUCAUCAUCAUCAUCAUCAUCAUCAUCAUCAUCAUCAUCAUCAUCAUCAUCAUCAUCAUCAUCAUCAUCAUCAUCAUCAUCAUCAUCAUCAUCAUCAUCAUCAUCAUCAUCAUCAUCAUCAUCAUCAUCAUCAUCAUCAUCAUCAUCAUCAUCAUCAUCAUCAUCAUCAUCAUCAUCAUCAUCAUCAUCAUCAUCAUCAUCAUCAUCAUCAUCAUCAUCAUCAUCAUCAUCAUCAUCAUCAUCAUCAUCAUCAUCAUCAUCAUCAUCAUCAUCAUCAUCAUCAUCAUCAUCAUCAUCAUCAUCAUCAUUAUUAUUAUUAUUAUUAUUAUUAUUAUUAUUAUUAUUAUUAUUAUUAUUAUUAUUAUUAUUAUUAUUAUUUUAA